AUGGGAAAGAAGGGAGGAAACUCAUGGCUAACAGCAGUCAAGAGGGCCUUCUGGUCUCCUGAGAAAAAGAGCUGCAGAAGGAAAGUAGAUCAUGAACAAGAAGAUGAUGAAAAGAAGCGGGAGAAGAGAAAAUGGCUUUUCGGGAAGGCUUCCAAUCAGUCUCAUCAACCGAGUGAAGCAAAGGUGGCAGCCGCAAAUAGAGGUGUUUCUGCUAGAACCUCCGCCUUGCCUGCUGAGGAGAGGCAUGCCAUUGCAGUGGCAGCUGCCACGGCAGCAGCAGCUGAAGCUGCUGUAGCUACAGCUAAAGCUGCGGUGGAGAUCAUUCGGUUGACCAGCCAACAAUCCAAGACAAAUUCCAAUACGAAUUCAUUUAGACGACAGUCUGCUACUAUACUCAUUCAAACUGCUUUUAGAGGCUACCUGGCAAGGAGGGCUCUUGUUGCUCUCAGGGGGAUUGUAAAACUUCAAGCUUUAAUCAGAGGACAGAAUGUGCGGAAACAAGCAAAGACGACUUUGAAAUGCAUGCAGGCUCUGCUCCGAGUUGAGGCUCUGGUUCGUGAUCAACAUGCACGGCUUUCCCAUGACGGAGGCCGGAGGUCCAUGUUCGCGGAAACCACCAACUUGUGGGAAUCUAGGUACCUUAAAGACAUUAGAGACAGGAAGUCCAUGUCUAGAGAUGGAAGCUGUAUUACAAAUGAUAGGAGCGACUGCCCAUAUACACUUGAAGAACUCGAAACAAUCUUGAAAGCCAGGAAUGAAGCUGCCUCAAAUCAUGAUCAAAAGUCUCUGGCAUAUGCAUUCUCUCAACAGAUACGGAAUUGUGAUUCAAAUCCAUAUGCUGAAGAAUGUGAGCCAGAAAAAGACAGUACAGAUUGGCUAGAUACCUGGAUGAGCAGAAACUCCAUAGAUCAUAAAACAGACUCAAUCAAGACCGUUGUAAUGGAUACCCCAAAUUUGAAUCUUCCCUCUAGAAACUCACACUACCGUAGUCCAAUCCACAGACAAUCAAUCCCAUAUUUUGAUGCUUCUCCCCACCACAGUUCAAUUUACAAUGUCCCUAUAGCCCCACAGCCUAUUACGCCAUACUCAAUGUCAAAAACCAGAUCCCAGCAAGUGCGUUCCGCAAGCCCUAGAUGCCUCAAGGAAGAAAAAAGCUACUCGACAGCAAAUACUCCAAGCUUGCGCUCCACUAGUACUCACCGCAUUAGCAGUAGUAAUUUCCGCUACAAUACUUGUACAAAUGAGGCUGCCGGAAAUGCUGUAAUCCCUAACUACAUGGCGACAACUGCAUCGGCAAAAGCUCGAAUUCGAUCGCAGAGUGCUCCACGACAAAGGCCCUCCACACCGGAAAGAGAUCGAAGUGGAUCGGCGAAGAAACGACUAUCUUACCCGAUACCCGACCCAUAUUUUGUGAAUGUCGAGUUUGGGUGUCCAAGCAGUAUAAGCCAGAAUUUGAGAAGUCCAAGCUUCAAGAGUGUUCACGCAGGCUAUGUAGGAAUGGAGCAACAGUCAACUCGAUCUGAUAGCAUUGGUGGAGAAAUUUCUCCAUGUUCAACUACAGAUUUAAGAAGGUGGUUAAGAUGA